AUGAAGGUCGCAUGGAGCCAGCUACAGGAAGAGGCACGAUGUCUGGCAGAGGAAGUUGGACGAUCUGGCCGUGAGCACCAUUCGCUGACCAACAAUUGCGCAGUUUGGGAUGCGAUUCGCGCGCACGGUGUGCCUUCAGAACAUCGCGAGUGGGUGUGGCCAAUUCUGCUUCACGACCAAAGUAUCAGGGUGCAGCGUCAGCAUAUAAACAAUGACUAUACGUACAGUCAGUUACUAAGUGAAUGGACUGAAGAUGUACAAGAAGCAGAUGUAAUUAGUAUACAGGAACAGGCACAGGAGGAGGCCCUCGAGAGGUUUCAUCACCUCAAUCUUUUUCAAGAGCGCAAAAUUCGCCGCAUUCUCUUAGCCUAUGCCAGGUCUCAAUGCUCGUUUCACUAUUGUCAUGGUAUGGUUGAUCUGUGUGUCGUUUUAAGUACUUAUCUCGCGGAAGAAGACGCUUUUUGGAGUUUUCGAGUGUUCUUGGAAAUACUACUACCCAAAUACUUUGAUGAGUCCGUUGUGGAUUUUCAUACAGACUGUCUUGUAUUGCAAGAGCUACUGCGAGUACAUGACUCAGUGCUAUGUGAACAUUUUGCAAUGCUGGGCGUGUCCAUCCAGCUGCUAUGUACAAAGUGGUUUUUUUCCUUCUUUGCCGAGUCGAUGCCAUUCGAAGUUGUGUGUCGCCUCUAUGACAUUCUAUUUGUAGAUGUGUGCAGUCGGCGUUUGGGUUUCAAGGUCAUUUUCUCGACGUCACUGUCAGUUUUAUUGUACCUAAGCUCAACGCUGGUAGAAAUACAGGAUGUUAAAGUUGUGCUGGACGUGAUUAAUGAAUUCUGUUUGACGACUCUGAACGAGUACUCGGUAGCCGAGUCUUUCCUGGAUUUGAUUUAUUUUAUGCAUGAGCGUAUUAAUGAUGAAGACUUGGCUACACUACGUCAAAAAUAUCGAGCACAGUUAGCACAGGAAGAAGAGCACCGAAAGUGUGCCCAACGAGAAUUACAUACGAUGAAGAGCAGCAAAACACAAAAAAAUGUAAAGCAAGAAUUGGUGGAGAGGCCAUAUCAUUCGCGUAAAGCUAAGCAGCAUGGUAUCGAGCUACUUAUCAAGUGGAGAAAACAUGUUGUUGAUGCAGCUGGUAUGCCUACCAGUCAAGACAAGAAUAGAGCUAGUAAUUAUUUAAGCCGUAGUGACUCCAGUGGAAAUGCUGGAUGUGGCAGCAACAGUGGUACACGCAAUAGUCGACAAGGGAGCUCACCAUCAAGCAGCGGUGGUGACGAUAAUGGCGAUGACGACGAUAGAUGCGAAAACGAUGAUAGAUGCGAAAACGAUGAUAGAUGCGAUGACGAUGCCGAAAUUGGAAUUAUAACGACACUGUUAGAAAAAGAAAUACCAGAUCGAGUAUACAGAAAAAACAGCAAGUUCAACUGUCGACGGCCACGAAGUUCGUCUCCGGUGCGCAACUUUUCGUUUCGAUGUACCGACGGAGCACAUAAUUCGAUUUUGUCUCGUAGUGUGACUUUGCCGAGCCCAAUUCCUGGCAAUGCAUUGUCAACGAACGAAAGCGACGAUGCAAGCCAAGUCAUUGAUUAUAAUACAAAAAAUGAGAACGAUUUGUGGGAGCGGCUACGGUCAUCAGGAGCGUCGAAGGAUGUUAUCAGACACAGUAUGAGCGGUGUACCAGAUGCCCAUCGAUCAUGGAUUUGGCCCAUCUUGAUUAGCCAGCUUUCAGUGCCUUCAGAUGUGUCUCGAGCUCUUUCGGAUGCUAGAAAUGAUGAUGAGGAAGUACUUUUAGAUCGUGAGACGGUAAAGUCAAUUGAAAAUGACAUACGGAGGACACGCAAUUUAGGUAUUGAUCAAGUGAUUCCAAUGCGUCGAGUACUCACUGCAUUUGCUACUCGCAAUCGUCGCGUUGGGUAUUGCCAGGGUAUGAAUGAAAUCUUAGUUGUACUUUUGCAGUAUUUGGAUGAAGAUCAAGCUCUUCAAGCACUCAUUUUAUUAAUCGAAGUGCUUUUGCCUGCUUAUCAUGUGGACUCAAUGAUUGGACUGCACACUGAUUGUGCUGUCAUGAAUACAUUGUUGCAGCAAAAUGACAUCGAUUUGCAUGCUCACUUAAGUGAGUUGGGGCUGAACAUGGAGAUUUUGUGCACGAAGUGGCUUGUGACUUGCUUUCUCACAUCGCUUCCAUCCUUUUGUGGACUGAAGGUCAUUGACAUGCUUUUAGCCCGCUCCAAAGAAAAGCAACGCGCAUCGCGCGUACUUCUUGGGGUAGGAAUGUCAAUUUUUUUUAUUUUGCGCGAUACCUUGUUAGAUGCUAAAGAUGCAGGAGAAGUGCUACUGGCGAUCAACGAGUAUUUUGCGCAGGAAAUGACGAAGACGACGGCUGAAAUGGAUAAGUUUCUACACUUUUGCCUGAUUAUCACAGACCAACUGGAACCGGACAUUGUGGAAGAGUUUCGGUUGAUCCAUAAAGACGAAGUGAUGGAACGGUUUGCGGCAUUUGAAGCCAAGAAAAUCGAGAUGCGACAUCAGCUUGAAGAUGCAAAAAUGAAGCAGCGCAAGGUUGCUAGUGCACCAGCAUCGCCUUCAAAGGCAGAGCGUCUCACUACCAUUUUAGCAUCAAAUGUUAUAACGGGUAAGCCUUACAGCAAUAACCCGGUCUCGGGGCUGUCUGCUUAUAUUAGUAAUCCUUUACGCGGCAGUGGACACAGCAAAUCAGCCUCAACAGAUGCAAUUGAAGAUAAAAAACGUCGCAAACGCUACAAACGUGUUGACGUUAUUCAAACCCACCACAGCUUUAGCGAGGAUAUCGAGAAGAUGGAAGACCAGCUCGAGGACUUGACACAUUUAUUACUUCGAGGCAAAAUUGACGAAAAAGAGCAUUCAUGUAUUAGAGCGCAAAUAGUGCGGAAGUGGUGUAAGGGUAUGAAUUCACCACAAUCUGCCAUGGUACGCGUCCAGUGCGUCAAACACUUUUAUUGCGAGCGUAGCGGCGGAGAAGGAUUUACGAGCAGUACUCCUGGAUUACAUCAGAUGGAAGGCCCGGUGCGAAAUAGUUUUUCUGAUGAGGCAGAAAACGCUCAUCGUGGGAGAAAAGGAUCAAUAUCGCUUUAUGGACGUAUGAAAAAAGCGCAAAAAAGUGCGCUUGCUAUAUUCAAAUCUACCUUUGAAUGA